GGCGAGUCAUUCGCAGCCCCGGAGCAGGAGGGCGGGGGGAGGAGGAGAGAGGAGGGGGCAGCAUCCUGUGCGGUCAGCAGCAGCGGCUCUGUAUCCGGAGAGGGAGCUACACCGCACCGAGCGGCUCCCCGGCGGCCACACACACACACACACACACACCCAGGGGACGGCGGCGGGAUCUGGCGCUGACCCCGGAGCGGCUGCAUACAGCGGAGGAGGAGGGGGGUGUCUCUCCCCCCGGAGCGGGGAUCGGAAGGACCCGGGCGGCGCGGGCCUGGAGAUCGCGCGGGGCAGCCGUUGACUGGAAGCUACGCCACAGCGAGGACAUGAUCCGGCUGCCGGGCUGCUGUCUCUGCGAGGUCGGCUGAGCGGCGGCGACGUUAGCGGCUGUGGAGGGGGUUGUGGCUGCUCGCAGGGGGGGGCCGGGGUCUAUCCAUCUCCAUGUUUUCCCCGAGUCAGGAGGAGCACUGCGCCCCCAAUAAGGAGCCCGUCAAAUACGGAGAGCUGGUGGUGCUGGGGUACAAUGGCUGCCUCCCUAAUGGAGACAGGGGAAGGCGGAAAAGUAGAUUUGCACUCUAUAAGCGGCCUAAAUCAAAUGGUGUCCGAGCCAGCACUGUACACGUGAUUUCCACUCCACAGGCUUCUAAGGCAAUCAGCAGCAGAGGUCAGCACAGCAUUUCCUACACAUUAUCCAGAAACCAGACCGUUGUCGUGGAGUAUACUCAUGACAAGGACACAGAUAUGUUUCAGAUUGGUCGAUCAACAGAAAGUCCAAUUGACUUUGUAGUGACGGACACGAUUUCUGGUAACCAGAAUGAUGAGACUCAGAUUACACAAAGUACAAUUUCCAGAUUUGCUUGCAGGAUUGUCUGUGACCGGAAUCCACCGUACACGGCUAGAAUCUUUGCUGCAGGAUUCGACUCCUCAAAAAAUAUCUUUCUCGGUGAGAAAGCAGCUAAAUGGAAGAAUCCUGAUGGGCACAUGGAUGGAUUAACCACGAAUGGUGUUCUUGUGAUGCAUCCAAAGGGAGGUUUCACUGAGGAAUCUAAGCCUGGUGUAUGGAGGGAAAUAUCAGUCUGUGGUGAUGUGUACACUCUGCGAGAAACCAGAUCAGCGCAACAGAGAGGAAAGCUAGUGGAAAAUGAAACCAACAUUCUUCAAGACGGUUCUCUUGUUGACUUAUGCGGUGCAACCCUGCUCUGGAGAACAGCAGAUGGCUUAUUUCACACACCAACACAGAAACACAUUGAAGCACUAAGACAGGAGAUAAAUGCCGCUAGGCCUCAGUGCCCCGUUGGAUUAAAUACUUUAGCUUUUCCGAGUAUUAACCGCAAGGAUGUAGUGGAAGAGAAGCAACCUUGGGCUUACCUUACCUGCGGCCAUGUGCACGGAUAUCACAACUGGGGUCAUCGGAGUGACACAGAAGCCAAUGAGAGGGAAUGUCCUAUGUGCAGAACAAUUGGUCCCUAUGUGCCUCUUUGGCUGGGCUGCGAAGCUGGAUUUUAUGUAGAUGCUGGCCCUCCUACACAUGCUUUCAGCCCCUGCGGACAUGUCUGCUCUGAGAAAUCUGCCAAAUAUUGGUCUCAGAUCCCACUUCCUCACGGCACCCAUGCAUUUCACGCUGCCUGCCCUUUCUGCGCAAUGCAACUGACUGGCGAGGAGAGCUGUGCUAAACUUAUUUUCCAAGGCCCUGUUGACUGAGCUAUUUAUAACUGACCAUAAUAACGUUUUGUUAAUAAAAAUGAAACAAAAAAAAAGAGAAAAUACUGUGAAAUUUUCACCACUAAUACUAAAAUUUACUUUUUUAUAAUUUUAUUAAAGGGGAUCAAAUGACAGAA